AUGCGGGCAGGGGUGACAUUCCUGCUGGCCCUUCUGUGUCUGGCCGGACAGCCGGUAGAAGGGGGUGGGAAGAACUUUUAUCACGGACCAUGUGGGGGUCGCGACUGCAGCGCCGGCUGCAAAUGCUUUCCGGAGAAAGGUGCCCGGGGUCAACCAGGACCAAUUGGAAGCCAAGGACCGACAGGUGCCCCGGGAUUUGCCGGAUCAGAAGGCUUGAGAGGGCCAAAAGGGGAGAGAGGGAGGCCAGGUGCCCCGGGUUCUGCUGGACCAAAGGGAGAUAAGGGCCCAAUGGGAGUUCCUGGAUUUCAAGGAAUAUAUGGAGUUCCAGGACACCCUGGCCAGCCAGGACGCCGAGGUCUACCUGGCCUGGAUGGCUGUAAUGGUACCAUUGGGAGUCCUGGUGUCCUAGGACCAGAUGGAUUUCCUGGCGGGCAGGGUCCACAGGGUCGUCCUGGCCCAAAGGGUCCCAAAGGAGAACCUUCAUUUGUCCAGGGAGUUUUUAAAGGAAUUAAGGGAGAAAGUGGCCUUCCUGGAUUGAAUGGUGACGUUGGUCUGAUUGGCCGCCCAGGUCCAGCAGGCCCUGCUGGCCCAGUCGGGCCACCCGGCUUUCCGGGGCCACCAGGCCUACCUGGCCCCCCAGGUCUUAAAGGGAACAUGGGGCUGGGUUUCCAGGGAGAGAAAGGAGAAAAAGGAGAUGUGGGACUUCCAGGCCCUGCCGGACCACCUCCUUCCACUGGGAUCCUGGAAUUCAUGGGUUUCCCCAAAGGACAGCAAGGAGCAAAGGGCAUUCCAGGCCCCAAAGGAUUUCCUGGACCCCCGGGAUCUCCAGGUUAUCCAGGCUUUGGGGCUUUUGGAGAAAAAGGAGAAAAGGGCGUGCCUGGCUUGCCAGGACCCCGGGGAGACAUGGGAUUGAAGGGAUUCAUUGGUGCCGAAGGCAGAAAGGGGCUGAGAGGUGAUCUAGGCUUUCCUGGACAGGUUGGAUUUCCAGGAGGAAAGGGGGAAUUUGGCAACAUCGGGCCACCGGGCCCUCCGACUUACAUCGACAUAGAUGGUUCCAUAAUAUCAGGCCCUCCAGGAGACCCUGGGACGCCAGGUGCCCCAGGCCCUAGAGGAGAUGAAGGGACCAUAGGCCUACCAGGUCCUCCUGGCCCACCCGGAUUUCCUGCCCCAUUUCCAGGCUCUCCGGGUCGCUUGGGAUUCCCAGGUGUUCCAGGUCGCAAAGGUGAAACUGGCAACCCAGGGAGAGAAGCGAUUGGGUUCCCUGGCCCUCCCGGCCGAGAUGGGCCUCCAGGUUUGCCAGGAGCUCCAGGGCUUCCUGGCCCAUCACGUACCAUACUUACACCAGGAGCAAUACUUGAUGGAGAGCCUGGAGAGCCAGGACGCCCUGGGCCGAGAGGGCCACCAGGGUCACUUGGUUCAAAAGGAGACAAAGGAGAUGCAGGUGAUUGUGCUUGCGAUGGAGGGUUCUCUGGAGUUGGCUUGAGAGGGGAGCGUGGUGCUCCUGGUCAGCCUGGAAGACCAGGUGAAGCAGGCCGAAAAGGAUUUUCGGGAGAUCCAGGAGACAGUGGCUUGCAAGGUCCCUCGGGGCCACCGAGUUCGUUUGGGGAGCCUGGCCUUCCUGGCCAUAAGGGAGAAAAAGGAGAACCAUCAUUUGCCACUGGCAGAGGCCUCCGGGGAGAUCGAGGGGAUGUAGGCCCCAGAGGUCCUUCAGGGGUUCCAGGACCACCUGGUAGAGAUGGUGUCUCAGGUGUGCCAGGUCGACCUGGCCCUCCAGGUGAUGGUGUCCUGGGCUUUCCAGGGGAAAAAGGUCUUCCAGGAUUGCCUGGUUACAAGGGUCGGAGUGGUGAGCCGGGUCUCCCUGGGAUUGGUUUUCCAGGCCCAAAUGGAAUUCAGGGGCCUCCAGGUGAUCCAGGAAUAGACGGUCUUCCAGGACAGCCUGGGCCUCCAGGUCUUCCAGGUGACUGCUGCUGCGGUGAGGAGUUUGGUAACGGAGUCUUAGACACUCCGGGAGGUAUGACUCUGCCUUGUAUAAUUCCUGGAGCGACUGGACAACCUGGGCUUCCAGGACCCCCAGGAUUUCCAGGUUCCAAAGGUGUCAGAGGGUUUCCAGGGUUUCCGGGGCAGCCUGGAUUACGUGGCGGCAAAGGGCAGCCAGGCGUACCAGCAUUAAGCGGGCUCCCAGGAGUACCAGGCUUUCCUGGCAUUAAUGGAGACGCAGGACUUCCAGGACUUCCGGGGACUGAUGGAACAGAUGGGUUACCUGGAAAGCCAGGUCCUCCUGGCUUCCUAGGUGCAAAGGGAGCACCUGGUGAAGUUCUUGGAGCUGAGAGAGGACCCCAAGGGGAACCUGGGCGACCAGGGUUGCCAGGAGAGAAAGGCAUGGCUGGAAAUCCUGGAUUUCCUGGGCAGAAAGGAUUGGAUGGAAGGCCGGGUCUACCAGGUAUCAAAGGUGGACCUGGGGACCCAGGUUUUCCGGGGACUGAUGGACUACGAGGACCUCCAGGGCCUGGAGGCCCAUCUGGUGUGAAAGGAAUACAAGGUCCGGUGGGCACAGUUGGCUUGCCAGGAACACCAGGCUGUCAAGGAUUUCCUGGGGACAAAGGCCGACUGGGUGAUCCAGGCCCCCCUGGCCCUGCUGGCAUGAAAGGCCUCCCUGGUCUUGAGGGUUCUCCAGGACGUCCUGGUGAAAGAGGUUUUCCUGGGCCACUUGGACGUUUGGGCCCGGAUGGAAAUCCAGGUUUUCCCGGAUCAAAAGGUGAAAAGGGUUCAGCCGGCUUGCUUGGCUUCCCUGGCAUGCCAGGUCCACCUGGGAUCCCUGGAGCGAACGGGGUGAAAGGAACAUCCGGGAUACCAGGAGCAGAUGGAAUAACUGGGUUUGUUGGGGCCCAGGGCCGGAAAGGAGACAGAGGCGAUCCCGGUCCCCCCGGUCAGCCCGGCAGACCUCCAGAAACGGUCACCAUGGCUAAAGGAGACAGAGGAGAGCCCGGAUCCAUAGGGCUUGGUGGAUUUUCAGGGCCUCGAGGGGACAAAGGACUCCCUGGACCCCGUGGACAGCCAGGCCUUCUGGGAAUCACCGGGUUACCAAGCAGAGAGAAAGGGCAGAGGGGAGACCCAGGCCUCCCGGGAACACCCGGUUACCCUGGCUUUGCGGGGCAGACAGGAACUGCCGGCAUCCCGGGGUUUCCGGGAAUGCCGGGAGAAAGCGGUGCUGAGGGUCCAUCAGGACCUCCUGGAUUCCCAGGGACUAUGGGAUUUCGUGGCCCAAAAGGUGACCGUGGGGAGACAUUUGGUUUCCCUGGGGCUGUGGGACCUAAAGGUGAACGCGGGGACUCUGGGCAUCAUGGUGGAAGAGGCAUUGAGGGACCAACGGGUGAACCUGGAUACCCAGGAGGCAUUGGGCUAACUGGACCGAAAGGUGUGCCAGGUGACCUUGGCCAAGAAGGACCACCAGGCUUCCCUGGAAUUGGUGGUUCCCAAGGAAAUGCAGGUUUUCCGGGCAGUCCAGGAAGACGAGGCUCUCCAGGGUUUCCUGGACUUCCAGGCAUAGCAGGGCUAAAAGGACACCCAGGGUCUCCAGGUUUGGAUGGCCUCAAUGGCUUACAAGGCACAAAAGGGUCACCCGGAACUCCAGGUCCAAGUGAAAUUGGACUUCCAGGCCCUGCAGGACUUCCAGGUAUCAAAGGCGAGCAAGGUGCCCCAGGUAUUCAGGCUGGAGGCCCAGGGUUCCCUGGACUGAAAGGAGCUCCCGGAGACACGGGACUUCCUGGCACCACAGGCCCGCGUGGUUUGCAAGGACCUCCCGGCACCUCUUUUCCAUCUCUAGUUCCUGGAAGGCCUGGUGAUCCUGGACAUCCUGGAGAAGAUGGUAUACCAGGCUCCCCAGGGCCCCCCGGGCCACGAGGACUCCCAGGCCCUGCCUUCAAUCAAGGUGAUACAGGCAACUCAGGCUUUCCUGGCCUUCCUGGUUUACCAGGCCCCAAAGGUGAUAUGGGGAUCCCUGGGCUAGCUGGAGUCCCAGGAGCAUCAGGAUUCAAAGGCAUGAGGGGUGACCCAGGCUCCAUGGGAAUGCUAGGUAAAGACGGGCCUCCAGGUGAUCCAGGUUUUCCUGGUCCAAAAGGUGAAAAAGGACGUCGAGGCUUCCCUGGCCUACAAGGGCCUAAAGGCAAGACACAGCAGCCUGAACAUGUCACAGCGCCUCCUGGGGAAAUGGGACUGCCAGGAAUUGAUGGCAUCCCUGCUUCUAAUGGGGAUCCUGGAUUUCAGGGAUUCCCCGGAACGCAAGGCCCAAAAGGGAAGGCAGGCAGACCUGGCCAGAUGGGAUCCAGUGGGUUCCCUGGGACAACCGGUAUGGUAGGAGAUCCUGGUUCCCCAGGAAGUCCAGGGACACAGGGACCAGAAGGCAUCGCCGGAAAGCCAGGCCCUUCUGGCUUGCCUGGGAUGGCUGGCCGCAGCGUGGGCGUUGGCUACACCUUGGUGAAACACAGUCAGUCGGAACAGAUCCCACCGUGUCCGGUGGGCAUGAGCAAGCUCUGGGAAGGCUACAGCUUGUUGUAUGUGGAGGGCCAAGAGAAGGCACACAACCAGGACCUUGGUUUUGCCGGCUCCUGCCUGCCUCGCUUCAGCACCAUGCCUUUUAUUUAUUGCAACAUCAACGAGGUGUGCUACUAUGCCAGCCGCAAUGACAAAUCUUACUGGCUCUCCACCACUGCCCCCAUCCCCAUGAUGCCAGUCAGCAGUUUCCAGAUCCCCCAGUACAUCAGCCGCUGCUCAGUUUGCGAAGCACCUUCCCAGGCGGUGGCCAUUCACAGCCAGGACAUCACCAUUCCGCAGUGCCCCGAGGGCUGGCGCAGUCUCUGGAUUGGCUAUUCCUUCCUGAUGCACACGGCAGCUGGAGCUGAAGGUGGCGGCCAGUCACUUGUCUCCCCCGGAUCUUGCCUGGAGGAUUUCCGUGCCACUCCUUUCAUUGAAUGCAACGGCGCCCGAGGAACCUGCCACUACUUUGCAAACAAGUACAGCUUUUGGUUGACCACGGUAGAACAGACCCAGCAGUUUGUCGAACUCCCCCUCUCGGAAACCCUGAAAGCGGGACAGCUCCGGACGCGGGUGGGCCGGUGCCAGGUCUGCAUGAAGAACUUGUAGUCAAAGCUCCAUC